AUGACUAGAUCAAAAGAAGGCUUCCUGUGGACACCACAAAACACCACGGAGGGCCUCGAAACCGACGCCGUCGUACCAAGCUCCAAAACCAUGCAGUCUACCUACGAUGUGGUCGUCAUCGGAACUGGAUUCGCCGGACUUGUCGCCGCCCGCAAUCUAGCCCAAGACUCCGCACUCCGAGUCCUGCUCGUCGAGGCACGGGAUCGCAUCGGCGGUCGAACCUGGACUGCAAAGACAUUUGGUGAAGAGUUUGAGAUGGGUGGGACUUGGGUGCACUGGAACCAGCCUCACCUCUAUCAUGAAAUUCACCGAUAUGGGCUUCAUCGGUAUCUUAAGACCUCGGCGGGGACUAUGGCGCUUGAGAAGUUGUACUUCAAGACUGCGGGGAAGCCGGUUCAAGAGAUCCCACCGGAGGAAACCUCUGCGGCGCUUGAUCGAGUUGCACCGAGGUUCUUCUCAAUUGAUGGGCUGGAUAGUCGCACUCUGAUGCCCUACCCCCACGAUCCGUUCCGGGAGCCGGCUCCUUGGAAAAAGUAUGACCAUCUUACUGUCAAGCAGCGCCUUGACCAGUUGGACGAUUUAUCGCAGUUUGACAAGGACAUUUUCGAAUCGAACGUGGCAACUUUCGGUAGUGCUCCCGGAAAAGAUAUCGGUUUCACCGAGGCGCUUCGCUGGUUCGCUCUUGGUGGUCAUAAUAUGGCCACCGUGUUUGAGCUAGCAGGUAUCUACAAACUCGGAAACGGAGGCAUGACGACUUUUGCACGAGCUAUCCUGCGAGACUUCAAGGGUGACUUGGUCUUCAACACUGUUGUGGAAAAAGUCGAUCAAGGUCGCAACGGUGUCUCCCUACAAACGAAGGAUGGCAGACGAAUUGAGGCAAAGGCGGUGAUAUCAACUAUUCCUCUAAACUGCCUCGGCGAUAUCACUUUCAACCCACCACUGUCUGCCCUCAAAACCGACGCUAUCGCCUCCGGCCAUAUCAACAAGGGCGCCAAGAUCCACUUUAACCUUGCCGCGACCGAGCCGGGAUGGUUUGCGACCUGCACUGCUUCCAGUGGUUCGCCUUAUGUCUUUGCCUUUUCUGAUCACAACGGACACAAGCCGUCCGGCCCACAAGGCACAUGGUGCAUCGGAUUUGGAUAUAACGGGCACCUGGGGGACAAGAAGGAUAGCAAAGAGAUCAUCGAGAAGUUCCGAGAGAACCUUCACCCUGGCGCUGAUGUCCAGGCGUAUCUCACGCAUGAUUGGAUGAACGAUCCCUACGCCAAGGGAGUCUGGAGCUGUUGGGGACCUAACAAAUUCAGCCGUCAUGUCCAAGAGUUGCAAAAGGCAGAUGGCAGGGUGUUCUUUGCCAGUGCGGACUGGGCGGAUGGUUGGAGAGGCUUUGUUGACGGUGCACUUGAGAGUGGACAGAAGUCUGCAAACGAGGUGAAGGCAUUCCUGAAUGGUCAACAGAGUGCGAAAUUGUGA